ACAACCACUAAGAAUCUUGAUACCAAAUGUAUAAAUUCAUUACCCAAAGUCCAAACGUACUACACUGGCGCCGAGCACACAUUGCGAAAUUAGUUGCAACUUGCAUGAGUGAUCAGGCACAACUGCCGGUAAAACACACCUUUCAUAAACUAUUGAAGAAUUCUGAAUUCAGUUGAUUUUCAAUUUUGAGUGAUCCUACAAUGGCGGACCACGACGAUGAUGCGGCGCCUCUGAUCAUGUCGCCGCCUUCUCCGAUCAUCCAAAUGUCGGAGAUCGAUCUUGAAGCUGGUCCUUCUGAACAAAUUCAGUGUCGUAUUUGUCUCGAAACUGACGGUCGAGACUUUAUUACUCCUUGCAAGUGCAAAGGGACAUCAAAAUAUGUACACCGAGAAUGCUUGGAUCAAUGGCGAGCUGUGAGGGAAGGCUUUGCUUUCGCCCAUUGCACUACAUGCAAGGCUCCCUAUCAUUUGAGGGUUCAUGCUCUUGCUGACCGGAAAUGGCGGACCUUGAAAUUUCGGUUUUUUGUGACGAGAGAUAUUUUGUUUAUAUUUCUGGCUGUUCAGCUUGUAAUUGCCUCACUGGCAUAUCUAGUCUAUAUGGUUGAUGGCUAUCAAGAUUUUUGGUUUCAGCAUUACUGGGGCUUUGAUAAACAUAGCAGUUUCUACUACAUAUGUGGUGCACUUUUAUUUUUUGCUUUGCUUGGUUUGUCGGGUUGUUUUAUAACUUGCUAUGACAGAAGGGUGCGGAAUGAUCUGGCACAACCUUGUCGAGAACUUUGUCUUUGUUGCUGCCAUCCUGGACUAUGCUCAGAAUGCCAUUUACCUGGUACUCUUUGUAUGUGGUCGGACUGUGGUGCAUGCUUUGAAGGUUGUGCCAGUACAGUUGGUGAAUGCGGGAGCUGCAUGAGUGGUGCUGGAGAAGCCGGAUUACCAUUAUUGUUUAUUGUGGCUUUGGUUAUGCUGGGUUUGUUCACAGUAAUUGGUAUAUUCUAUAGUGUACUUGUGGCGACUAUGGUUGGGCAACGGAUUUGGCAACGACACUAUCAUAUUCUUGCUAAAAGGAUGCUGACAAAGGUUAACUGCCGAUCUGAGAAUUUUGGUUCUUUGUGGGUUAGGAAUGGAGCAGGAAAGGGAAGUUCUGUCAUCAUAUGGGAUAGGAAGAAGGUCUUAGUCUUACUCCAGCUGAGAUGAGUGGGACGAUAUAUUCAUCUCCUUUAUAUUGUUUGGGGGGCAGGGCAAGGGGGAAGAAAGCAGGUUUGUUGCAAUUGUGGAGAAUGUGAAGGUUCCGGCACUUAUGAGUUACUUUGUGUUAUAUUCGUUAAUGGUGACUUAUUCCUGGGUGGAGGCCGAAUAUUGUUCCUGUAUUAGAUAGCUUUCUUAGUCGAAUUAGUGAAUAGAAUAAUGGCCUAAUGCAGCUCAUGAGUCACAACCUAGAAUUGUUUCAACAAAUUUUCUAAUUAUGGUCAAAGUCCUUUGGCAUUGAACAUAUGCGGUUGCUCUUUCUCUCAGUGGCUAAAUCUGUAGAUGGUGAGUGAUGUAUUGUUAAUUAUAUGAUGAAUCUAAAGAAUGGGAUGAGACAAGAGGUGCUUGAGUAUAGAGGAGUGAUAUAUGCACUACAGGCACAAGAAGAGAAUCCUGAUUUGAAAAUUUGAAACUCUAUACUUCCCUAAUUCCCUUACAAUAAGACGAGUAUUAGAACGGCAUUGUUAUAUGGGUCGGAGUAUUGAGCACCAGAAGGAUCAUAUUAGGAAGAUGGGAAUAAUAGAGAUAUUUAUGCUGAGAUGGGUGUGUGAGGAUGCCCUAAGAUUAAUUUUGGAAUGAAGAUAUUCAAAAGAAGGUUGGAGUUGUGGACAUUGAAGAGAAGAUAAGAACACUGGUUAUGUUGGCUUGGGUAUGUUACAUGCCAACCAAAUUAUGCACCGCUAAGGGUAGUGGGGAAUUAGGAUUACGGAGAUCUUAAAAGAAGUUGAGAAAGGCCAAAAACGACUUGGAUGGAGGAUGUUAUGAAUGAACUGAAUAAAUUGGUGUUGCAAGAACGUAUAGCACUCGACCAAAGGCCACGAAUGCAGAGAAUAUAUGUGGACGACUACCGGAGAUAAAAUCUUGGCUCGUGCUGUCCUCCAACCGACCAUAUCCUAUUGGACUAAGGCUUUUUAGCGUUGUUUUUCUUUUCCUUUCCUAUCUGUAUUGAAUUACAUUCGCAUUAGUUGUUAAGCGACUUUUGGCCGCGUUUCAAUUGGCCUUUUGCUACGA